GCCGUCUCCACGGCAACGGAGAGGGUUUCGUGAAGCCUUAGGCCGUCGGCGUUUUAUUGACGCUCGCUAGGUAGGGGUAAUUGUUACUUUGUUACAAUAAUAAUACUACUACUGAUACUACUGAUGGCGUCGUUAGGUUACGAUAGCCGUGAUUAUUAUUGUUAUGAUUAACUAAAGUCUGGAUUCACAGAUCAAAGUGCGUGCGUGCGUGAGCUCAGGGCGAGAUGGACGCAUCCCGUCGUCGUUGAGACGGCCUCUCUUCUGCCGGCUCUUCCGACCUCCACACACCACUCCCGCCAAGCAAGCUCGGAGCUCCCUCAAUCAAGGAGGAACAGACACAAUGUCCAGUGCCAGCCUCCCUCCUGUGGGCAACCUGCCACACUGGAGCCGGGUCACCAGCCUCGACCGUGCCCACUACCCACGGCCUGCGGAUGGGGAGCGGCCACUCCACCGUCUCAACGUUCAGCCAGCCACGGCAGAGGGCAUCACCUUGGCUGUUAGCAGCGGUGGGUGGGACAGGAAAGGGUCAGGAGAUGUGAGGUCAGAGUCUGGUGCGGGCUCUGCAAGGUCCGAGCGGGGGCUCGAGCAUGGCAAGGUGACUGCCACCGGUGGUGUCGAGGCAUCGAGCCUGGCUGGCCGCAGGAUUUUACAGCUCGAGCGGAGCCUAGAGUUCGUGCAGAAGGAGCACGCGGACAUGCUGCAGAGGCUGCACGCCGAGGUCGAUCGACUCACGCGGGAGAACAAGGAUCUGCAAUUCAUGCUGAUUGUGAACCAGAGGGACCUGAAUUCAAGUGAAGAGAGAAGUUCUAUUGAUAUAUCAGAAAGCAAUGAAUCCAAACGGAGUCGCUCAGAAAGUUGUGAGCAGUUCAGCGAUGUAAACUCAAAAGGGUCCGGGACAGAAAGAACAAAUCAAACAAGAUCAGAAAAGGAGGUUGCGCAGCCAAUAAAAAAUGAUCACCAAGUCACGGGGUCUGAAGACUCUAGUGCUCAUCCUGUGAACGUGACUGUUGGUGCGCUGAGACGAAGACCCCCACAUCAAGCUGCGAUGAUGGACAGGGCAUGGGCGGACACAGUCCAGCAGACAUCACCCAUGCUGCUUGUGCAGGCAGGCAAGGGUGGCGUGGCCCCUGUGAAGACGUCAUUAGGUCUCGCCGGCCCCGCGUCCAUUCUAGAAUUCCAGCAGUUGAUUCGGCGCCUGCAGAAGGUCAACCAGCAGCAGGCUGACGAGCUGCUGCAGCUCAAGACCAAGCUGAGGAAUGCUGCCAUUGCGGACAGGCUGCCUGCCAACUCCGUGCUUGUGGCCAAGCCUCUGUUCUCCAGCCGUUCAAAUGAGCAAUGGCAAACAACCAACAGACUACCUAAAAUACCCAUCAAGAAUCCAGUCAAAAAAAUGCCUCUGCGAACGGAACCCAAGCUGUCCCUGCCUUCACUUGUGCAGCCGCUCAGAAGGGAGGUUGCACAGGAUGGCAGGGAAAAGGACAGCCAAAAGAUGCUGCCCAGCUAAGAAUACAAAAACGUUGCAUGUAAUAGCACACGUUUCAAAAUGCAAUCACCGAAUUUUCCCCCAGUUUAAUACAAGAUUAACGUUUUUCUUUACAUUUGUCAUUUAUAUUCUUGAAAACACUUCAUAAUGUUCACCAUAUUGUGCAAGUGUUAUCAGUUUUUUCAAAGAAAUGGGGGGAUUUGAAAAUUAAAGGAAAUAUUUAUGUACAAUUGUUGCACAUGGCAUGCAAGGUGCAGGUACAGCGUUGCGCUCAUGCACAUUAUUUACUCUGAUCAAUGCCAAAUGUGGCCUUUUCAGAGUCGAGUGGUAUAUUUAAUGCCACUGUAGUGGAGUGUUAAGUGAUAAACUAUUACGUUUAAAUCAUAUAUUUGAUUUGCACAGCAUUUGUAAGCAAUGCAAUAAAAUGCUGGAGCAUGUGUUCCUGCUUAAAUUCUGAUGGCCUAUGUUGUGUUAAAAUUGUCAUUUAAGGUGAAAACAACAAUAAUAAUAAAAAAAUAUGCUGA